AUGGCGCCGACAUCUACUACCGCCAACGCUCCGUUGCAGCGCGCGCGCGAUGACCUUAGCCAAACUUGGGCCUACCUCGAGAAGAACGUCGACAAUGUUAUGAACAAGCUUCAAGAGGGUCUCGACAUGAAGACCUACAUGGGUGUCUACACUGCCGUCCACAAUUUCUGCACGUCGCAGAAGGCUGCCGUUGCCCCACCUGCGGCUGGCAACGGUGCUCUGGGUCAAGGUCAUCGCGGUGCUCACCUCCUCGGCGAAGAGUUGUACACCCUGCUCGGCCAGUACCUCUCUACACAUCUUGGCCAAGUCCUCGAGAAGUCCGCUUCGCACGUCGAUGAAGCCCUACUUACGUACUACAUUCGCGAAUGGAAGCGAUACACUGAUGCUGCGAAGUACAACAAUCACCUCUUCCGUUACCUCAACCGCCACUGGGUGAAGAGAGAGAUGGACGAGGGCAAGAAGAACGUCUACGAUGUCUACACUUUACACUUGGUCAAGUGGCGUGACGACUUCUUCCAGGCCGUCAACACCAAGGUUAUGGACGCUGUUCUGAAGUUGGUCGAGAAACAGCGUAAUGGUGAGACGAUCGAUCAGCUGCAAGUCAAAGCUAUUGUCGAGUCGUUUGUCUCCCUUGGCCUGGAUGAAAACGACCCCACCAAGUCUACUCUUGACGUCUACCGGCUGCACUUCGAGCGCCCCUUCCUCGCUGCUACCAAGGAGUACUAUGACAACGAGUCCAAGCGCUUUGUUGCCGAGAACAGCGUGGUCGAGUACAUGAAGAAGGCGGAAUCACGACUUGAUGAAGAGAAGGAGCGUGUGGGUCUUUACCUGCACCCUGAUAUCAUGAAGAAGUUGAUGGACACCUGCAACGACUCCCUCAUCACCUCUCACUCGAUUCUCCUGCGUGACGAGUUUCAGGUUCUGCUCGACAAUGAGCGCACCGACGAUCUUGCUCGCAUGUACAAGCUACUGUCACGCAUCAAAGAUGGGCUCGACCCUCUGCGCAAUCGCUUCGAGACUCAUGUUCGCAAGGCCGGUCUCGCGGCUGUUGAGAAGGUCGCCACUCAGGGUGAGAACUUUGAGCCUAAGAUCUAUGUCGACGCGCUUCUUGAGGUUCACGGCAAAUACCAGCAGCUCGUCAAUGUCGCUUUCACUGGUGAAUCCGAGUUUGUUCGAUCUCUUGACAAUGCUUGCAAGGAAUUCGUCAACCGCAACCAGAUCUGCAAGUCAAGUUCGACCAAAUCUCCAGAGCUACUGGCCAAAUACACCGAUCAACUCCUCAAGAAGUCGGCGAAGGCUGCAGAUGAGUCAGAGCUUGAGGAAUUACUGGUGCAAAUCAUGGUCGUCUUCAAGUACAUCGAGGACAAGGAUGUGUUCCAGAAGUUCUAUUCCCGCAUGCUGGCCAAGCGCCUGGUCCACACCAGUUCUGUCUCUGAUGAUGCGGAGACCAGCAUGAUCAGCAAGCUGAAAGAGGCUUGUGGCUAUGAAUACACCAACAAGCUACAGCGCAUGUUCCAGGAUGUGCAGAUCUCCAAGGACCUCAACGCCUCGUACAAAGAGUUCGAGGACAAGGUUUUGGAGGACAACAAUCAGAAGCGUGCCGUGGAUUCGACAUACCAGAUUCUGGGUACUGGCUUCUGGCCUCUGAAUGCCCCGAAUACUCCAUUCGCUCCUCCCGCCGAGGUCAAUAAGGCCAUUGAGUCGUUUGGUCGAUUCUAUGACAACAAGCACAAUGGCCGCAAGCUGACCUGGUUGUGGCAGCUCUGCAAGGGUGAAGUUCGCGCCAACUACAUCAAGAAUGGCAGAGUGCCGUACACUUUCCAAGUCUCAACUUAUCAGAUGGCGGUUCUCCUCCUCUUUAAUGAGGCCGAGAAGAUUGAUUUCGCCGAGAUGAGCGAACUCACCAAACUGACUGACGAGAACUUGGAGCCCGCUGUCGGCAUUCUAGUCAAAGCUCGCGUCCUGCUCCCUCAGCCGGAGGAUGCCAAGCCUGUCGCUGGGACGAAGUAUGUUCUGAAUCACAACUUCAAAAACAAGAAGGUCAAGAUCAACCUCAACAUCACAGUCAAGUCAGAGCAAAAGGUCGAGGCCGAGGAUACGCACAAGACUAUCGAGGAGGACCGCAAGCUCUUGCUUCAGGCUGUGAUUGUCCGCAUCAUGAAGGGCCGCAAGAAGCUCAAGCACGUCCACCUCGUCGAGGAAGUCAUCAAUCAAGUGCGCAACCGCUUCCCUCCCAAGGUGGCCGACAUCAAGAAGAACAUCGAUGCAUUGAUGGAGAAAGACUACAUCGAGCGUCUUGACAACGAUGAACUUGCAUAUAUUGCGUAA